UCGUUCUUGAACAGCUCAUUCCUACUUUAUUGUUCAUUCGGACUGAACCGUUUCAAUUCUUAUCUGCGGGUUAUCUGUCUUAUGAAAUUACACUCCUUCUUCGAGUAAGAAAACCAUUGCCGUUUUGAAAGUUAGUCGUCGAAGUUUUGAAAUCUUGAAAGAGGUCCAGCGGCGGAACCAGUAUCGAGGAAAAUGGGAAAUCGUUCUUCUUUGCUUUUGAGAGAGGAGGAAAUCGCAGAAAUAGAAGAGGAAACCGGCUUUACACCAAACCAAAUUGAAAGGCUAUAUAGCAGAUUUACAAGUUUGGACAGAGGGGACUGCGGUACACUUAGCAGAGAUGAUUUUCUAAGGAUUCCAGAGCUAGCAAUCAACCCACUUGGUGAAAGAAUUGUGCAUGCCUUUUUCGAUGAGAGUGGAAAUGACAGAGUAAAUUUUCGACAGUUUAUGCAAGUCUUAGCCUGUUUCAGGCCUAUAAAACAAAUGACAGAUAACAGGCUUAAUUCGAGGGAACAGAAAUUAAAAUUUGCUUUCAAGAUGUAUGAUCUUGACAAUGAUGAUCUUAUAUCACGAGAUGAGUUGUUAGCUGUGUUGCACAUGAUGGUUGGAGCCAACAUAAGUGAGGAACAGCUCACAUCGAUUGCUGAAAGAACAAUUCUCGAAGCUGAUCAGAACGGUGAUCAAAUGAUAUCGUUCGAUGAAUUUUGUAAAGCCCUAGAAAGAACAGACGUCGAACAGAAAAUGUCCAUUAGGUUUCUAAACUAGGUUUGCCUAAACCUUGAAGUUGUAGAUUUUGGAUAAAAUAUAAACCUAAUUCUCAAAUGAAAUAGAUAUUUGGUGGAACCAUUUGGGAUUUUCAACAUUCGUGUUGUGUUUUAGAAAAAAGUUUUUUUUUUAAGUCAUAAUUUAUUUUUACAUGUAUUUAUAUGUUAUACAAAGCAUUUGUUAUUAAUUAUUUGAAAUUGUUGUGAAAUCAUUCCUUGAAACAUUUCAAAUAAAUUGUUAAAAGUUGUGCUACUUAAUUUGAAGGAUUUUGUUUUUAUAGUUACAAGCAUAAUUUAAUUUUUGCUAGACUUUCUCAAAUGGGAUCACCAUGCUACUAUAGACUGUGAAGUAAAGUGCUUUUAUAUAUGCAUUCUGUAAGUUAUGUCUAAAACACUUUCGUUUGAAGAUGAUAUAUUUUUUGUAUUGCUCUUUAAUACAAACUUGAAUAUAUUUUGAUAA